AUGCCUGAUUUCACCGACAAUCUUCGCCCAAGCCAGCCUGAUGGGCCAACUACGUUAGCACGAGAGCGUGGCAAAUCAGAUGUCUCAACUACUGAACUGGGACAGCAUCUACUGGGAAGCAAUGACUUUCUAGAGCGACAAGCCCGCAUUUUGUCAAUCGUACAACAGGAACCACUUCUCUCCAAAACCAAGCAGCAGAACCUAUCCCGAGUAGAGCGCUUCAAACUGGGACUUGCCAGAGCAAAGCUUUUGCGCCGGUUGGCUGACAAGCAUAAAUGGAGCAACGAUGACUCCAAAAUGGCAGAGUACCUGGUUGACGAUGUGUCGCCGUAUUUUCUACACAUGGAAAUGUUCAUUACUACCAUCCGCGAACAAGCAAGCGAACAGCAACGCGCAUACUGGCUGCCUCUGAUCGAGUCUUGGAAGAUAAUUGGGGCUUAUGCACAGACUGAGCUGGGACAUGGUAGUAAUGUCCGCGGCCUGGAGCUUGAGGCACAAUGGGACAGUCGGACUCGGGAUUUCAUCUUACACAGCCCGACUCUCACGGCGAGUAAAUGGUGGAAUGGCAGUCUAGGCCGCAUUGCCAAUCAUGCUAUUGUUGUUGCGCAAUUGAUGCUUCCGAAGAACGGGUCAACAGACCAGCUUGUUUCACAUGGUCCCCAUCCAUUUAUUGUGCAAGUUCGGGAUAUGGAGACGCACCAGCCUUUAGAUGGUGUCAUUGUAGGAGAUAUUGGGCCAAAGUAUGGAUAUAUUACCAUGGACAAUGGAUACAUGCUGUUUGAUCAUUUCAGAAUCCCAUAUUCUGCUAUGCUAUCCAGAUACGCUAGCGUGGACCCCGAUACAGGAGCUUACAGAAAGCCAGAACAGCCAGCAUUGGUUUAUGGCUCUCUAACCUACGUGCGAGCAAACAUCGUGCACCAUGCGAGACUUGUUCUCGCGCGAGCAGUCACUGUGGCAGUACGCUACACUGCAGUGAGACGACAAUUCCAGGACCGAGACGGCGACAAGAAAGGACCUGAGAUGUCCGUGCUUGAUUAUCCGACUGUGCAAAUCAGGAUCCUGCCUCUCCUUGCAGCGACAUUUGCACUGCACUACACGGGUCUUGCCAUGCGGACAGUGUAUGAGCGUACACGGCGAGAUGUCGAAAAAGGAGACUUCAAUUCUUUGGCCCAUAUGCACAGCAUGUCCUCUGGUCUUAAGAGUCUGUGCACCAUGCUUGCUGCGGAUGGCAUUGAAACGUGUCGACGCGCGAUGGGUGGACACGGAUUCGGUGGUGGCAGUGGUUUGAUCCAACUAAACUGUGACUAUCUUUCUAAGCCGACUGUGGAGGGUGACAAUUGGAUGAUCACGCAGCAGGUUGCAGCGUAUUUGAUCAAGAAAAUGACUGCUGCAGCGGAAUCACCCGAUACUGUGGCUAAAGAUAAAACCGAUGCGCUGUUCACGGAAUUUAUUCGCGGAAAGAACAAUUCCCAAUCAGGCACGGAAGGAUAUGACAUUUUGAACGAUGAUCGGAAUAUUGUUAGGAGCUUUGAGCUUCGAGCCACUGCUUUGGCAUACAAUGCAUAUGAGGAAAGAGUUGUCAAGAAGAGAAGCUGGAACAGCCUUCUCGUCCAGCUCCAUAAAUUGAUCGCGACCUUUUUCCAGGCUCUAUCCCUUGACAAGACCCUUCCAGUCGCCACCAAGGCUAUUAUGUGGGACUUGUACCGCCUGUUUGCAUUGAACACCAUGGAAAACGAAGGCUAUGAGUGUAAGCUGGUAAUCCUCCCCUUUGAAAACUUCACCAUUGACAAGAAGAUUGAAGUUUUCCGGUGCCAUGCCGUGUCCCAAGCGGAUCUCGAUGUCCUCCCAAGCCGGGUUCAAGAACUCAUGUCACAUAUUCGUCCACACGCCGUGAAGUUAGUAGAUUCAUGGAUGAUUCCGGAUUAUUUAUUGGAUAGUGCGCUGGGUCGGUAUGACGGCCACGUAUAUGAAGAUCUGUUCAAUCGGGCGCAUCGACUGAACCCGUUAAAUGAGAUAACAUUCAAUCCAAAUUAUUGGGAGGAUGAGAUAGUUAAGGGGACAGGGGACAAUGGGUCAGGUCUUUGGUCUAAGUUGUAG